GGUCUCCGAUGGCGGUUCGGAAUGGGGAAUAAUAUGUGACCGGCUGCUAAAAAACUGUUCUCCGGUCGUCGUUUCGUUGUUCCGUUUCCGUGGGUCGGUCGUCCGAUUCGUGCCGGCCAGCAAUUAGUGGUCUCUUUAUGAGCCCAGGAAGAACGCGCGUGCAAAUCAGAGGAAAACGUUAAUUGAAUAGUUCGAGAGCGACAACAUGCCAUUUCCACCGCCCAAACGCAUCAACUGCGCUAAUGGAGCGCGGGUUUAAAUGUAGUAAAAAAUAGCAAAUACUUCCGGCCGAACGAGCGAGCCAGUGAUACGUUUGUGGAAAAAAGUGUGCGCUCGAAGGGUGCGCUCAAAUUGGUUCUUCCGGUAGUUUGGAUUUGGCAAACCAUCACCGUUGACAAAUUGAAAUUGAAUCUUGUGCCAGUGAAUGAUUGAUGAUUGAUCGCUUUGGCGGUGGAGCUGUGAGUGGUUUUCUUUUUUUCUUCUGGUUUUCGGGGGGCCAGCUAGUGAUUUGGUGAAUCGACACAAAGUGGAUGAGUGAAGCAAUCUAAUGCAGCACGUUCUAUGUGUCAAGAGUGUAUUAAUGAUCUCGUUUAUUGAAUCAUAAUUACAUGAUAUCGUUGCCUGGCGCUGAUGAUAUGAUUUAUUUAUUGAAGCGCAAUAAAGCAAAUGAAAAAUAAGAAUAAUGACCAAAGGCUGAAGAGAGUGGAGCAAAGAAAAAAAAAGUGAUUUAAUAUCGAAAAAAAGUGCUUAACCAAAGCUGUGUCGUAGUGAAAAAAAAAAAGUGAAGAGAAGGAGAAAAACGUUUGAGUGAACACGAAGAAGCCAGGGCAAGAAAAAUAAGUGAAUCAUUUCAAACUGUCGAUCGGAAUUGCUUCCAGGCAUUGUUUGUCUUCUUUUGAACUGAAGUCCCGGGAGGAAGUCGACGAAAGACAUUGUUGGCCGGCAAAGCAUCUUGGCGGAGAUUCCUGAAGGAACACACCUUGGCGCGGAAUUGACUGUUGCCGGCUUUUUCUCCUUCGAUCCUCCACCAAAUGGACGAAGCCAGCAACUGGGACGGCGAAAAAUGUAUGCAGACCAGCAGGGCACCUGUAGCUUCCAGUCAGCCAGCAGCAUCCCUAGACACUCGCUGAAAUGCUCCCGAGAAGCGACUCUGCUGUGAUGAAACAAUGCUCCCCACUGGUUCUUCGCUGGUAUUACAGAAACUCCAACAAAUCAUCAUCGCAUCAAAACUUUGUCCUCACCCAACAAGUGGGACUGGAGGACUCAAAAGACUCACAGAAAACGACAGAAGGCAGCCAACGACGGGCAGCAAUUCGUCUCAGCGUGAUUUUCCCCACAGGUGUCAACAGUUUCAUCAUGAUACUCAAAGACAAGGACAAAUCCAAAACCCAAAGAGCCAUCAAUCCUGGUUUGUUGAAACAGCCAUCGACGCCUCCGAUAUUGGAGGAGUGAAGUUCUUCUUGAGCUGGUGUUGUUACACAUUUCCGCCACUUGCCGUCGUUUUCGUUUUCGUCGUCAACAUUCUGGUCGUUGUGGGCGGAAGUGUAGUCGUAAAUCUCAAUCACUCCUACGACAGGUUUAGCGGCUCCCACUAUCGUGGCAUUAUUAUGCGAUUUAGCGACAACAGUAGCCAUUUACCGAUAGCAGCCGAUUCUGCUGGGGCCGGCGGUUCUUCCGGCGCUUCCGGUCAUCAUCCGGUGGGUGUUGAGAGCGGUGUUUCUGUUGUUGUUGGCCUUCCGGGUGCGUCAACUGUGGCCACUGCUGGGGGAGGGCCAGGUUUCGGGGUCGUAGGAGACGACGUUGAUGUCGUGCGACCUGCCGGGAGUAUGAACAUCACACCGGCACUUUCACAGGUUUUAUUAGCGCCAACCUCGGCGAGCGGAUCCGGAGCUGUCAUUUCGGCCGUCGCCUCAGCCAUCUCAUCGGCCACCAAAGUCGUCGGAACGACCGGCAGCGACAACGUCACGAGCGAGGAGAUAAACAAUUUUUACUUUUAUGAGACUGAACAAUUCGCAGUAUUAUGGGCCCUCUUCACCGUGAUCGUGCUGGGGAAUUCCGCUGUGCUGGUCACGCUGCUGUUGAACAAGAAUCGGAAAUCUCGCAUGAACUUCUUCAUCAAACAUCUGGCCAUUGCAGAUCUCUGCGUGGGCCUGUUGAACGUGCUGACAGACAUCAUUCAGCGGAUGACGGUGGCCUGGAAGGCAGGAAAUGCCGCCUGCAAAGCGAUCCGAUUCACCCAGGUCGGCGUAACGUAUGCGUCCACCUACGUGCUGGUGGCGCUCAGCAUCGAUCGGUACGACGCCAUCACACAUCCGAUGAAUUUCUCUGGCUGCUGGAACCGAGCCCGCAGGUUGGUAGCCGCUGCUUGGAGCUUCAGUGCACUCUUUUCCGUCCCAAUUGUCUAUUUCUACGAGGAGCAGAUUAUUCAGGGAAGGAAGCAGUGCUGGAUCGAGCUGGGUGAGCCAUGGCGCUGGCAGAUCUACAUGUGUUGGGUGGCCAGCUCGCUCUUUGUCCUUCCGGCGCUCAUCAUUUCAGCAUGUUAUGCAAUCAUAGUCAAGACGAUUUGGGCCAAAGGAGCCAUUAUGGGACCAAUCGAUCGAACCCGCAAUGGGAUGGCCGAUUUGGCGAGCAGAAGGGCCAGCUCCCGGGGAAUCAUUCCAAAGGCAAAAGUGAAAACAGUCAAAAUGACCAUCGUGAUAGUGAUAGUCUUCGUCCUCUGCUGGUCACCGUACAUCGUGUUCGAUUUGCUGCAAGUCUUCCAGCAGAUUCCGAAAACGCAGACAAACAUUGCAAUAGCGACCUUCAUCCAAAGUUUGGCGCCCCUCAACUCGGCAGCUAAUCCACUGAUUUACUGUCUCUUUUCGACGCAGGUGUGCCGGAUGAUAAAACGACUCCCGCCAUUCCGGUGGCUGCUCGCGUCCAAGUGGUGCUGCAAAACGGCGAGCGAUGUCGGUUCCGGUCGAGGGUCCGGAUUGCGGAAUGGAGCCAUCCUGAAUGGGCACGGCGGGCCACGACUGCAGAAUCACAACAGCAGCGAUUCAAUGCGAACGUUGACCACAUCGUUGACCAACUCGACCUCCCAGCGUUCCUGCAUCCGGCCAUCCCGGGUGGUCAUCGUCGAACGACCCAAGGUUGUGGCCACCGGACCCCUCGCCAUGUCCGAAGUUUAACUCAUCGACUCGACUUUAUCAAGAAUACACAAACAAACCAUCAUGGCUGGAAAAAUUUGAAAAAUACAACUUACAAUUUAUGACUGACAGAUCAUAGAACAUAGCGUGUAAUGGAUAGACACAUAACUAGUAGUUGCUAGUGACCAAAAUCGAAAAGAUUUAAAACAAACAAACGAGGUGGUCACUUUUUCCCCAAAGAAAAAUUGCAAAAUAGUUGGAUCUAUGAAUGUUUUGAUAGGAUAUAUUAUAUUUAUACAUAAUACGUAGAGUAAACUUGUCUACUUGCUGUUCAAAACGACUACUAAUCGAUAAGUAUUUAUUGUCCCUCCAUGUAAAUGUACGUAACGUAAUGCAAAUACGUAGGCUGUAAGGAAAUCCGAAUUUGUGUAAAAGUCAAUAAAAAGUAAGAACCAAAUCAGCAGCGAUUGAAGUUUACAAAAAGGCUCGAAACGAAAAGUGUAAGGGUUUGCAAAAUUUUAUUGUAAAUGGACAAUAAAAAUAAAUAUGAAAAGAA